UUAAACCUCCGUUUCACUCCUCGACCGCGGACGCGCUCCCUCUCCUCCAGCCAUGGGCGACACCGGAGAUUCGCCCGCCAAGCGCAAGAAGCGGCCGAGGGAGAAGCUCAGCGCCACCAUCCACGCCCUCCCCGACAGCGCCGACAAGAUCCCUCCCCUCGUCGGCUACUUCCCCUCCGGCUUCGACCCUUCCUCCGGCGGGGGCGGCGGGGGCGGCGACCCCCCCGAGGAGCCCGGCGUUAGGGUCUACCGCAACGGCAAGUGGCCCAAUAGGCUCCAGCUCGUCGUCAGGCCGCCGGAGUCCAACGUCACCUUCGUCGGCUCCAGCUCCUCCGGCGAGUACACCGGCGUCCAGUCCUGCACCUACGCCCUCGGCGUGCUCGACAAGGAGUCGCAGACGCUCAAGGUCGUCCCUAUCGCCUGUAAUAAGAUAUUCAGAUUGGAACCAAGAGUGGCAUCAGAUCUCCCUGAGGAAGAGCCCCCUGAGUUGGGUAGGGGAGAGAUUUCAGCAAAAGAGAAGGCUGAUAAAGUUAGAGAACUUAAUCUACUCUUUGGAACUAAGCGGUCGGUAACUCAGGAUAAAAAAAUGCAAUCUCUAAGGCAAGAAGAUGAUCCCAACUCUCAGAAGGAUUUGGAUAGGAAGAUUAAGGAAGUCGCCAUAAACAAGGAAGCUCUUGAAAGCACGGAUGCUCAUAUUGCUCGCAAUAUCCCCCCUUACAACUCAUCUGCCACUGUCCCAAAGGAUGCCUAUCCCCUAGAGAAAAUUAUUCUCAAAGGAGAGUGGGAUUACAUCAAGGAUAUUUUUCAAUUUCUUGAAGAAGGACAGAAAGUAUCUCCUGAUGCUUACCCAACAUUUGUUUGCAAUAGGAUCCAUAAACUGGGGGAAACGCAGGAUGAGAUGGAGAAGGAAACACUUGGUUGUAUAUUAUCGUAUAUCAACCACCUUAUUAAGUUCAAAGAUCAGCAUUCUGCUGACGGUGCAUCCUCUUCGAAGAACCACAAGACCCCAAGCAUAUUGCGUCAGAAAUUCUCAACCAUGUUCUCCAACGCCGAAUCUAAAUGGCUGCCUUCUGAGAAAAUUGAUCUUCUAAUCAGCUAUGUCUUAGUGCUCACUUUGUUUGCGGAUGAUUUUCGGACAGACCCGACAGAUAUCGCUAAGGAUCUGAGGAUGAGUUCAGUAACCAUAAGACAGCAUUUCGAGCAUUUAGGAUGCAAGUUCUCGCGAGAGAAAAAUGUGUUGUAUGCCAAGCUCCCUGUGCCUCUAAAGUUCCCAGAGUUGAGAAGGAGGCGCCGAAGGUAGAUAGAUGGAUGGAUUUUCUUGUCCUUGCAACAGUUUGUUAAGAGGGAGCAGCUUCCAAUCAAGAAUUGGAAUUCGUUUCGGCGGGAGUUUCAGUUUAUAUAUAUUUCUUUUAGCUUUCGGCAUCCUAUUGUGAUGGGACAUGUUUAUCUUCAUUGGAAGCAAAUCUACAGCGAGUCUACUUAAUCAAGUUUGCAUGAUGUACCUCUUUAUAAAUGUGAGCACGCCUGCAUUGGUGCGAUUUUGUUGCAAGCACCAUUCUUCUGGUAUAGUUUUGACUCCUUUGCAUCUCUUUGAAGCUUAGUUAACUUUGUUCCCUCGUCAUAGUGCGCACUGAUAACGCCCUUGCGUGUUCUCUGUGUAGUGUGAGAACAUAUACUCCUGUUGGCCCCGUAUGCGGGGAGAGUAUUUCAUGUAAUAAUUUUAAUGAUAUAUCCGGUCAAUCAA